UGUUCUUUGUUUACAUGAGGACAAAUUGGGUGUGUGUGGACGAGUCGUGACACGGCGCUACCUUCACCUAUCAUACACAAGGGAAAGACACCGACACCUCACAAAGAAUGGGCCAAGGAGAUAAACCAAGUGAAAAUGUUUGCAGUGUAUGAACCUAGUUCUUAAUGCAGAAAUUGUCGAGUUGUCAACAUCAGUUGCAUAUAAAACUGCAAAUUGCUUAGAAAAAUGACAAGUGACUCCACGAGGAUAAACUGAAUGAGGACCAACAUGGCCCACCAGCUGGAGAUAGCUCUCAUGAAACCAGCAUCCGUGAGAGUGGAGCGUCUCACUCCCAGUCACAUCAAUGAGAAGUUUUUAAUUAAACACAACAUCAGCUGGAAGUCGGGAUCUUUGCUGCGCAAGAAGCUGACGAUUAUUGAAAUUAAAUGUAUGUCACGCUUUGGUCGAAUGAGAAAGGUGCCUUCAAAGUUGGACGACUACGAAUUGCUGGACAAGAAUGGCAUGGUUUUUAUAAACAAAUUCCGAAAGACUAGACUAUCCAAGAAAAUUGUGAAACCUAAACAAAUUAAAGUUAAGAACAUGAAGUGCAAAAUGCCAGAUGAAACCCAACAAGCUGAGAUUGCAGCUCAAUAUAACCUCCAAUCUCAGCAAGCUGAAACUGCAGCUCAACAAAGCCUUCAAACCCAGCAAGCUGAGAUUGCAGCUCAGCAAAGCCUCCAAACCCAGCAAGUUGAAAUUGAAGCCCAACACAACCUCGUUGCUGUGGAGGCAGUGAAGCCUCAAUUGGGGCUACGGCUACAGAAGUCUUCCCAACAGCUGAGGACCAGCUCUACAGAGCCUCAGCCUUGCUCCCAACUCAAGGAACAGAUCCUGUCCCAACAGCAGAAGACUAAGGGCAAACUUCCUCUGCACCACUUGAAUCUCAAAUUACGGACUGUAACCCAACAGCAGAAAGUUGAGAGCCUUCAACUCAAAAAGCUCAUUCCUCAACUCCAGUAUGACUCUCCAUGGCGGUGGAAGAGUUACAGUACUGGUGAAACAACACCCGAAGAUGACUCUCCAUGGCGGUGGAAGAGUUACAGUACUGGUGAAACAACACCCGAAGAUGACUCUCCAUGGCGGUGGAAGAGUUACAGUACUGGUGAAACAACACCCGAAGUUCUGGAUUCCUCUGUGAAAGAGUGUGAAAAAUGCAAAAAUAUAUCUAUCUGGUCUUUAUCUGUCAUGACAGAAGAUGAGGCAAAAUGUCUAAGUGGGCCUCUCUCUACGGCAGCUGUCAAGGAAGGAGGUGUGUUACAUUAUGGCCGAGGGAGAAAGCAGUGUUCAAGGUGCAGUUUUUUCAGGCGUCUACAACUGCAAUAUUCUGUUAAAGAGAAGAAUAAGAAGACCUAUAGCAAAUAUUUUUUGAAACAUUCUUCACUCAUUCAAUCACUGGAAGAUGACACUUGGAAUGGCCCCGAUAACUUUGUAGAAGUGAAAGAUGAAGAGAGCGUCACAAUGUUAGUUGACGGAGAAGAUCUAGAAGUGAUGGACCCACUGAGCAUUAACGACAUAUUCCUACCAGAUUAAACGUUCAACUGCUGUGUAACAUGCAUGUUGCCAGACGGCCAACACCUCAGCUCAACAUCUGGAAAAAAAUUGUGGGUUCCACAGGUGCCAUUACUGGAAGGAGGUAACUCUCAGUGAUGUGAGUGAUGAAUUCUUAGGACGAGUCUGUGCUACAGUGAGCAUGGUGAUGACAGUUAAGCGGUCACCUGGCCCCAGUAGCGUAUACUCGGGUGUUCUACAUGCUUCACCGCACAUCAUGCCACUCCUCGCUGCAGGUUCCCAGAAUUUACAGCACAGAAGAACAGUGGUAGCUAUGGUGAACUCAGGAUCAAGCCCAUUUAUGUGUACACCAACUUGUGUGUUCCUAGUCACACAUGCCUACAUUUCCUUCUGCACAAUGCUCGUGCGAUUCUUUUUUUUCUGUACUAAAAUAAGAGUGCAGUAUUGAAACAUUUUUGUGAUUCAAGCUUAUUUUAAGUGUAUCCACAUGAGAUGAAUACACAGUACAGUAAGAUCCUUAUGUUAUAUUAUCAUACAUCAAGAGAAAAUGUAUACAGUAGUAAACUUUUACAGUGUUUUAUUCUACUGAUGCAAAUAUGUUUAGGAAUGGAAGACAUUUGUUGUAAAGUUGCUAAAAUUUAGAUGCAGUUAAUUAUAGUUUUAUGAGAAUCCAAUUACAUUAUUUUAUGUAUUCAGUACGUUGAUGGUAAUGGUGUAAUAAUUACCAACUCCCUCUCAAACUGUUCUGAACAUUUCACCAGCCAGGACAGCAAGUAAAUAUUUUUGUUGUAAUGCAAAAUAAGAGCUCAAACUAUCGGUAUCCUGUCCUCAACUCAUUUAUUAUAUUUGCAAGAUUUUUGCAAGAUUUUCUAUGUUGUGCUCAUACCUCCUCAUUCUGCAAUUCCCAUCUACCUACUGUACCUUGGGUUACCUUGGGGUGCUUCCGGGGCUUAGCGUCCCCGCCGCCCGGUUGUCGACCAGGCCUGGUUGCUGGACUGAUCAACCAGGCUGUUGGACGCGGCUGCUAAAUUAUUUAACUUGUUUGCAAAUAUCUAACCACAAUUUAUCUCGCAAAGAUAUUUAUUUCACAUUCUAUUGUGUUAGGUUUAUGCCUUUAGUUUUGAGAAGAUACGUGAAAAAAUAUUUUGAUUUGUCAUUACAAAAAAAAAAAAUGUCACUUGUAGCUUAGCUUAUCUUUC